AGUGAGCCUCUCCUCUAUGGACUUGUUAUAUUUUUCGUUUUGCACGUUGCACAAUGUCAGAGAAUUCAAAUAAUACAGUUGCAGAUGCAGAUGCAUGUACUAAAAAGGACAGUAGUGAUUCAAAUGUUACUCCUAUUCCAUUUAGUGAUUUGUCAACUUUUGUGUUGAAGAGAAUAUUAUCUGAAAACAGCCAGAAAAAGACUAUUAUAGCUGAAGGAAGUUUUAGUGAUCAGGAAGGUGCUGCCAUACUUUUCCUAGAAAAGACGCCAUUCAAUGAAGAGCUUUUGAAAUGCCUAUGUUCAACUGAAUCAACUUUAGAAGAACAACUCUGUAAUGAUAUCUACAGAUUUUACACAUGUCAUCCUGAGCUGAAAUAUGGAGGCUUCAAGGCUACCAUAAUAUUCCCAGCUACCGAAAAGCAUAUUAAAAAGUAUGAAAUUCAACCAUUGCAUUUGAUUGAAGAGACUUCGAAAUUAUAUUAUGAAGUAACACUACCCCAUAUAACUGCUGAGUCUUUCAAUAUUCAGUGGGUGUACAAUAUUCUCACACAUAAACAAGAACAAGACAGUAUUGUAUUUGAAGAUCCAGAUCCUAAUGUAGGGUUUGUUUUAAUACCGGACCUAAAAUGGGACAAGAAUCAAAUAAGCAAUCUGUACCUGUUGGCAAUAAUACAUCGCCACAACAUUAAAUCUUUGCGAGAUUUGACUGAUGAACAUCUUCCUUUAUUGAGGAACAUACAGGAGAAAGGCACGAAAGCUAUUGAAGAGAAGUAUGGUGUACAUAGGUCAAGAUUGAGGAUAUACUUCCAUUAUCGACCCUCGUAUUAUCAUUUACAUGUACACUUCACACAUAUCCAGUUUGAAGCACCAGGAAUUCAUACAGAGAAAUCUCAUUUGUUGAGCACAGUGAUGUGUAAUAUAGAAAUGAAUUCGAAAUAUUAUCAAUCAUGUAUGCUGCCAUUGGUGAUGAAGGAAUCUGAGAAGCUGUUCCUUCUUUUCAAGGAUCUUGGUUUAGUGAAAGAAUCAGAAGCAACGGAACAGCGUAAACAGGACGUGUCAGAGGAAUCUGCAGAAUAAUGAUUGUGUUAAUAGAAGUGAACUGGCGACUCAAUGCCUGUCAAGUUUUCAUCUUGCUAAAAGAAAGAGGCACCAACAAUUGUACACACUUAUCUGUAACUCCUGUUAGUUUUGAGUUUUCAGUUGGCAACAAAAGUUUUAAAAUUGAGCCUGCUCUAAUCUUUCUAAAACCGCAAACAUUGUCUGGGUUUAUAGGUGAAAGCAACAAUUAUUCGUUUCGUGUUAACAUCAUCACAAAGAAAGAUUUCAAAUCGAGUGAGAAUAGAGCUGUAAGUUACAGUCCAAAACUGAUUGAAUCAAAAUUCACUGAUUUAACCUGUGCAAAUUGCGGAUGUGUGGUUUGUAGCAGCAUUUCGUUCAAACGUAUCCUGCCUCUUCCCUCUGAAGGCUGUGAUAUUUCCGAUUUCUUUUGUCACAAUCACGGAAAUGAACUCAAUACUGCUCUAGAUAAGUUGACCAAUAUUUCUAAGGAUGACUGUUUGUAUGGAUUAUAUUACUUCAAAAUUAAUUCAGACUAUGUGAAAUAUACAAAGUGCGGCGUUAUUUAUUGUCAAAGGUGUUUGGAAUGGCUGGGAACAAAGUGUGAUAGGUCUGUUAAGCUGUGGAACUGUUCUAUCGAUUUUUCCGAUUGCGAUAAGGGACAGAAGAAAAAGCCUUGGCUUGACUUUUACGAAACAGUUUUGUUAAUUGCAAACACAUGUGUCCGGCCUUUGUGCAAAGUGGUUGUGCGCUGUCAAGUCACCGAUACUUCAACGCAGCACCUAUUGCUCUGGGUGAUGGACAAAAACCUCAACAUACUUCUCAACAAAGGCAACGGAAGCAGUCUUAUAGAAAUGAAAGUUAUCAAGGUUCUUUACUUAUUUGUUAAAGAAGAAACUGAACUAGUUGAAUCGUGGCAGAACGAUCCUUGCACUGAGUCAAUUGAAGUGGCUAAGCAGAUGCUCAGUGAUGCAAUUCUAUCACUUCAACUAUCAUCAAGGAUUAUCCCACAAUCAUUGAAUAAAACUAAUAACAUGCAUAUUGGAUACUUAGGGAUUCCGUUAGAUAUGUUUAAACUUGAUGCUAUACUUCUAAAGGAAUAAAAAUAAGUUUUCACUCAUAGCAACGCUUAAUAUGUUUGCUAACCUCAUUUUAUAACAGAUUGUAAUUCCUAGUGUUGAAAUUACUAAGAAGUGUUGAAAAUGUUAUCAUUAGUAGAUUUAUUGAAAUAACAGUUUAUAAUGGAUCAGACUUUAGUUAAAUUCGCUCUCAGCAAAAUAUAAUUUGUUGGAAUCUAUUUCUAAUUGCUUUUAGAAUAAAUAACUAUCACGUGAAUGUAGCCUUUACCAAGUAAUUUUUCAACAAAACAAUUUUUUAUAGAAAUAGCAUUUGAUUAUGAAAUUUCGCAAUUACAAUUAUGUGACAUUGAUAGUAGCGUAUCCCAAUAUAUAUUCGAUUAUGUUCUUCACUAAGUUAUCUUUGAAACAUAAUAGGUUUUCAGUGUCAAUCUUUCAAAAUCCUUGAAGCAAAUUUCCUUGUUACAAUGAAUUAUUUGUUCAAUGUCAAGUUUAAAAUCUUGAUCAGAUGUGCGUUAAGUGAGAUUGUGCUCACUCUGACAUUUUUUACCAACUCAAUUCAUAGCCUAGUAUUUUACAAGAUUUUAAUAAUUGGUAGUCAAGUUGAUUGAAAAUGAUCAGUCAAGUAGAAUGAUUGAAAAUGGUAUGUAUAAAUUUUUGACUGCAAACGUUUGAGUUGGAAUGAAGCGAAAUAUAGCCUUAUUUUAUACUGUGUUAGAUAUUAAAUCUACAAUGUAAAUUAGGGAACCUGUUUUGGGCAAGGCGUGUCGCUUUUCCAUCGUUCAAUAUUGUCCUACUGUGUCUAUCAUUAGAUAAACGAGGAUCAUGCUUUUGCUCUCAACAAAGAAAAUUUUCUACUAUUUUAUCGUUCAAUAUUACUUGAAGUACGGUACUUCUGCCAUCCAUUAAAUUUUAAUUAUUAUUGAAAAUGCUUUGAGUUGAAUCAUCAAUGAUAAGAUAACGCUAUUGACAGCUAACGUACUCAAGACUUUUUUCAUCUCAGCUCUAUCAAAACUAAAAUGAGUUUGGAGGAAACUGUAGAAUAUAUUCUACACCAUUAUCGAUGGAUUUUUGUCUGUUUCUUCCUACUUCCUUGUUCAUUUUUAUAUGACAUAUACAUAAUAUUACGAAAUUGGAUUUGUUUUUGGUUUAAGAACGCAUCUAUCGAGCAUAACUAUAAAGUGCACCAUGUUCAGAAACAGGUUAAAGAAUGGAUCAAAUCAGGUCAAAAAAUGCCAAUGUGCACUGCACGUCCCGGUUGGAAAUCUACUACAUUGCAAGAUCCUCAAUAUAAAGAUAAAUUCUACAAUAUUGAAGUAGAAAUGUCUGAUAUCAUAAUGAUCAAUGAAAAAAAGAAGACAAUUGCUGUUGAGCCAUCAGUCAACAUCGGACAAAUAAGUGCUCAUCUAAUUCCUGUUGGCUGGACUCUGCCUAUCAUACCAGAGUUGGAGAGUCUGACUGUUGGUGGAUUGGUGAAUGGCCAAGGUGUGGAAUCUUCUUCACACAAGUAUGGCUUAUUCCAACACAUUUGCAUAUCCUUUGAGAUAGUUGUAGCGGAUGGAAGUGUCUUGAAAUGUUCAAAGGAAGAGAAUACUGAUUUGUUCUUUGCAAUACCGUGGUCAUAUGGAACUCUGGGUUUUUUAACAGCUGUGGAACUUCAGAUUAUUCCUUGUAAGAGAUUCGUUGAACUCACUUAUCAGCCCGUUUAUUCCUUGGGCGAAGCUGUGGAUUUAUUUGAGAAGGAAAUAAAACGGAAGACUGGAAAUGAGUUUGUUGAAGGAAUAAUGUUUUCAAAAGAAACAGGCGUUAUAAUGACAGGACAUUUGGUCGACUCUCCAAAGAAAACAACCAAUGCAAUUGGAAGAUGGUAUAAGCAAUGGUUUUACAAACAUGUUGAGUCUUUCUUUGAAACUGGGAAAUCGAUUGAAUACAUACCUCUCAGAGACUACUAUCAUCGACAUACUAGAUCUUUGUUCUGGACAAUUGAGGAGAUUAUCCCAUUUGGAAAUCAUUGGAUUUUUAGGUGGAUUUUCGGUUGGAUGACACCACCUAAAAUAUCUUUUCUGAAGUUGACUCAAACUGGAAUAAUAAAAAAGUUGUAUCUCAAGACUCAAGUAUUUGAUGAUACUUUGGUUCCACUUUCAACUACAAAAGAUAUGAUUUCUUUUUAUGAUGAAGCUUACAAUGUGUAUCCUUUAUGGUUGUGUCCUUUUAAACUGACAAAUGAGCCAGGAUUCGUUCACUCUCACUCAAAUGAGGAUGAAUAUUUUGUUGAUAUUGGAAUCUAUGGUAGAAUCAAUUCCAAAAGUUUCAAUGGCAUCAAAACUCACAUUGAACAUUUUCAAGUACUUAAAAAGAGUAAAAGUUACGAAAUGCUGUAUGCGGGAACAUUUGCAACCAGGGAGGAAUUCAGAGAGAUGUUUGAUCAUACACUUUAUGAUAGAAUGAGAAAAAAGUUCAAUUGUGAAAUGGCGUUCCCCGAAAUUUACGACAAAGUAAAUAAGGAUGCCAGAAAUUGAUCACCUAAAAUUCAAAUAAUAUAACAGCCAUUUGAGAUAUCUAUUAAAAUAAAGUUAAUUCUCCCUUUUUGUUUUAAUGAAUUUAUCUACAUUUUAUUCAAUUCCUAUUGUAAUGACUGUCACACAUUUCAAAAUAGGCGCUCAUACCCAUUAUUGAUAAUAAAUUAUAAAUGAAUAAAUUAUAAUUAAAUAAAUCUGUUUCAAAUUUAGAAAUAAUGUUUCUGUUUAAAUUUAGAAAUAAUACAUUAUUAUUAUAUCAUCUUUUAUGAACCUAAGAGAUGGACAUAAGAAGAGGAACAGACAUGGAAUUUAGAGGUUAGGGCAAGGAGAAAAAUACGUUUGAUUUUAGAUGUACAUGUUGUGGACGUUUGCUUCGAGAAUAAAUCA